ACCAUUUAAAACAACAGCUCUUUAAGAGUAUGGGAAGAUAUCUCCAAAAAUAACAGAAGAAAAAGAAACAUCAGCAUUUACUAUGGAUGAGACAGCGGCCUGUAAACAUCAGGUUGCCUCUUACCUUAAACUCCUCACAGAACAUCGGGUUCAGUUGGUGAAUGAAAUUAAAAACAUUGAGUGCAUCCUGGACAAUCUUCUACAGUCUGGAUAUUUCACCACAGAAGACAAGGAACUUGUACAGAGGAAGCAAACUCGAUAUGAUAAGGUGCGUGAAAUCCUUGACAUAAUAUGCAAUAAAGGACCUGAAGCUGCUGAGUAUUUUGUGUAUGUGAUGUACAAGGCUAAAGACGUUUAUCCUGAGCUGCAGGAUUGGAUAAAAAUAAUUGAGUAUCAGCCACCUGAGCAUUUAGUGAGAAAGACGAUUCUUCUCACAGAUGCUGUUUGCCAAUAUUCUGAAAAACUUAGACAUCAAUUGAAAAGGGAAACCAAGUUCAUCACUUCGUAUGCUCAGAAAGAAGACAUCUUGCUGGAUGAUACUUACACUGAGACUCUUAUGGAACGAGUUAAUGCAGUAGGUGAAACUGAAGGACCCAUUUCCCACUUGGAGGAUUUGUUCAGUGACACGGGCAUCAUCAAUGAGGAUGCAGAGAUAGUUUUUAUAACUGGUGAUGCUGGGGUUGGUAAGACCAUACUGCUCCAGAGACUUCAGAAACUCUGGUCCAAAGGAGAGCUGUGUACUGGUGUUAAAUUCUUCUUUAAAUUUAGAUGUCGCAUGUUCAAUAUCUUUGAAAAGGAAGAUAAGAUUUCUCUCAGAGAUCUACUGUUUAAAUACAAUUGUUAUCCAGACAAAGACACUGAUGAGAUAUUUAGUUACAUCCAACAACACCCAGACUCUGUCCUCUUCACACUGGAUGGGUUUGAUGAAAUUAAUGCUGACUGUGACUUUAGUGAUAUACCUGUAAUCUCUUCACCCUUUGACCUCAUGCAUCCUGUCACUCUUUUGUUGAACCUACUUCACGGAAAUUUAUUGAAAAACUCAAGAAAAUUAUUGACUGCAAGAACUGGCACCGAGCUACCAUUGAGAAUGGUAAGAAAGAGAGUGACACUGAAGGGCUUUACAAAGGACCAUUUAUUGCAAUAUUUAAAGAAGUUCUUCAAAAACCAACCCCAUCAAACUUUGGUUUUGACCCAGUUGGAAGCAAACCCUCACCUUUGUAGUUUAUGUUCAGUGCCAUUGUUUUGCUGGAUUAUAUUUAAAUGUUAUGAACACUUACAGUCAGAAUGUAACUCUCAGCAAAUGUUGGAUUAUGUAACGUUGACUGACAUCUACCUAUUGAUGUUAGAGGUUUUCUUAAACCGUUCUUUCAAAACGAGGUUGAACAAAAGAAACAAAAGUCAAAGUGAGACAUUCAAAGCAAAGAAAGAUUCUCUGAUGAGAUUGGGAAAAUUGGCAAAAGAGGGAAUCAAAAGCAAUAACUUCAUCUUUAGUCAGGAGCAAAUCACAGCGGCUGGUAUCUCAGAGGAGGAUUUACAGUUGGGCUUUAUCAAGAGUGUAGGCCACUACGAUGGAUGUGGGAACCAAUCAACCUAUGAGUUCCUUCAUCUGACCCUCCAGUCAUUUUUCACCGCGUUUUUCCUGGUUGUUAACGAGAGAAUUCGGGCGAAGGGAAUCAUUAAGUUUUUUACCGGAAAGAUACCACAUGGAGGGAAAUCACAUCCACUCAACUGUUCAGUCUCCUGCAAAAACUCCAAGAGAAGCUCAAAAGAACACUUGCUCGAGGCCCGAGAACAUUUCCAACUAACUGUUUUCUUUCUUUGUGGCUUGCUUUCCAAAACCAAGUUGGAUGUACUGAGUCAUUUGACUUGCCAAAUAAGCAUUCAAAAGAAGAGAGCAGUUUUGAAGUCCUACCUGGUUGGCUGUGUGAAAACGUACACAAGCAACGAUUUCUAUCAGAUGCAAGCUGUCCCGCGUUUCAAAUGGCUGGUGAGGUGCAUAUUUGAAGUGCACAGCAAAGAAGUAGCCAGACUUGCUGCCAAGAGAAUUCACCAAGAUUAUAUAAAGUUCACCUAUUGCAAUGUCUACUCAGCGGACUGCAGUGCAAUCACUUUUAUUUUACGUGGCAUUCAGAAAACAAUUGGGCUCGAACUAGACAAUAACAAUAUCAAUGACUACGGAGUGAGAGAACUAAUUCCUUGCUUUAGUAAGCUUCGCAUUAUUGGGUUGAAUGCAAAUCAAAUCACAGAUGAGGGAGUUCAAGUGCUAUCUGAAGAACUUAAAAAGUACAAAAUUGUUCAAUUUCUUGGCUUAUACAAAAAUCAGAUUACAGACAUUGGUGCCCAAUAUAUUUCAACACUUAUUGAUGAAUGUCCAAGUCUACUCAAAUUGGCCAUUGGUUACAACAUGAUUACAUCUGAAGGAGGGAAAAGGCUAGCAUGGGCAGUUCAGAAAAGUAAGACAAUCAAACAUCUCUGGAUGUGGGGGAAUCAAGUCGGAGACUUGGGUGCUGAAGCAUUUGCUCAAGCUUUAAGAAAUCAUCCUUCUUUAAAAAAGCUCAGUCUUGCAGGAAAUGGCAUUUCCACAGAGGGAAGUAAAUAUUUAGCUGCCUCAUUGGAAGACAACAGAUGCCUGAAGACACUCUGGCUCACAGCAAACAAACUGGACGAUGAAGCAAUGAAGUGGUUCGGAGAUGUGCUGAAAGUAAAUAGGAGCCUACAAACCUUAUGGUUGAUUGAGAAUAACAUUACAUUGACUGGAGUAAAACAUCUCAUUGAUGCACUGAAAAUAAACAGUACAAUCCAAGAGAUUUGCCUGAAGAGCAAUAAAAUAUCCAUUGAAGAAACCAAAGCCCUUAUUGGAGAGCAACGCAUUGUGUUCUGAAUAGCAUCGAUUGCAGUGGGAUGUAGAAUUGAUAAUCUGUGCCAAGGAGCUUCCACACCCGCAAUACUUCCUGAAGAGAACAAAUACUCUUCAGUGUGGUACAAUGUACACCAAAUUACUCAAAAGAUUAAAUACAUUUCUGUUAACUUGUGAAAUGUAAGUGAUGUGUAUAUGUGGACAACAAGAUCAUACUUCAUAAAUUGAAAGAUAUGUUGUGUAGUCUAUAAAAAUCUUACAUACAACCUGACUACAGAAUCUUAUACUCGUUGUUACAGUCCUGUCACAUUCUGUAGCAAUGUUUUAGUGGGUUGAAAUUUACAAUGCAAUCUGCCUAUGUAAACUUCUCAUCAUGUAUUACAACCUAACCACCAGCAGACUACUAUAAUGAAGAACUUCUCUUUCUGUAAACUAUGAUUGAUAAAAAAAAGCC